GAGAGUAUAUAUAUAUGAGUGUAUAUGCUCAUAUACACUGUCACUCGUAACACACUACGGUAGGCGCAGAACUCACACCUACGGUGCUCGCAUUGGGGGAUCGUGUUAGAUAUAUUAUAGGUGCCUGUGCGACCAGCCAGUCGCAAGUGCCUGUGCCUGUGGGUAUAUCACACGUGAAUCUAUCAUCCGGGUACGUCAGCAUCCUCGGGGGGGUUGGUGUGCCGCGGCGGCGAGACGGUGCGUUAACGGAGGCCGAUAUCAUUGAACCGUCCCGACUCGAGUGACGACAAAGAUGGCCGACGAAGCUUUCACCGCAAUCUUCGUCGGGGAGUCCGACAUUUAUCAUGGUGUGACAGUGGACUCCAUACAGGAACCAUGUCCAGCAGAGGAAUUUGAAGAGAAACUUGAAGCAUCUCUGACAGGGUGGAAGGCAGCAGGUAGAAGGGGUAUCUGGUUUAAGAUACAUCUAAAAGAUGCAGCUCUAGUGCCAAUAUGUGCCAAGCAUGGCUUUACAUUCCAUCAUGCUCAGCCAGACUACGUCAUGAUGGUCACGUGGCUUCCAACAGACGAACCUAACAACCUACCGGACUAUGCGCACACAUUUAUAGGAGUUGGCGGUCUCGUCGUUAACGAGGAAGACCAAAUCCUCGUGCUGAAGGAGCGAUUUAUGCAGAAGCCGCACUGGAAACUUCCCGGAGGAUUGGUGAACGAAGGCGAGGGAUUGCCGCAGGCGGUGGAGAGGGAGGUGCUGGAGGAGACUGGCAUCCACACAGCGUUCGUGUCCGUCCUCGGCUUCCGACACCUGCACGAGUUCAGGUUUGGAUGCUCUGACUUCUACUUCGUGUGCCUCAUGCGACCACUGAACGACGUCGACGGAAUUCACACGCAGGCUCAGGAGAUUGCGGCGUGUCGAUGGAUCGACCUGGACGAGUACCUGGAGAUGAAGGACGUGGCACCCGUCAACCGGUUUGUCGCUCAGGCGUACCGGCGGCAGCAGGAGCUCGGAUGCGGGAUCCGAUCAAGCUUCAUCACCUCGCGCGCCUUCCACAAGCAGAAUCGCGUCUACAGCGUCAUGACAACGGACGAACCGUCAACACCGACCGUCGAGAGCCUCGAGUAGCGGCUCCGCGCGAAAACAAGGGAACGUCUGCGCGGAAAACGAGAACGUCUGCGCGGACGGAGGGAGCGACGUCCUGCGCUGCGAGCGAUGUGCGAAACGAAGGAAUGCUUUAGUGGUUUGGAGUGUGCUAGUGGGGUUUUAUUUAGGGAGUUUGGGGUGUGCUGAGAUAUAUAUACUUUUAGUUGUUGAGGUCGCGACGGAAGGAUAUUCGUCAAGCGAUAUCGCGCGAGUCUAGCGACGCAUUGAAUCGGGAACACGUACCGAUAGCGGGAAAUGUUCGCCUGCUGUAAGAUGUUCACUUGUCACGAAUCUUAUCACGAAAGUGCAAUUGUUGUAGCAGCUACGGCGGUUGCAUCGCGUCUUGGUCGAUAUUUUUCUACAAGCAUGUCGUCUCCUGGAGUAAAUGUUUUAUCGAUUCCUCCCCUGUGUAACGACAGCAGCACAAGAAGUCUUUCUUGAAGUCUUUCUUCCACAGAAAUCUGUGAACGGAAUCUCACCGAGAUUACAGAAUCUGGAGAGGUCUUCCCUAUAAAAACUGCCAACUACCAUUUAUCGUGUCUUACUACCUUCUCAAAGAUACGCGGUAAUUUUUCAGCAAUUUUAUCCGACCUCACAUGCAAGAUCGUUAACUAGUGCCAUAAAAAGUUUUUAUAUGCAAUCGUGUUUCCAAUAGAGUGUAUUGUGACUUAUUCACGCACACAAGCACCUCGCACUAGAAGCUGGUGUCGAAAUGAAAUAUAUAUAUAUUUUCAAUGGAUAGAGUGUUUAAAUUGUUAAAUUCAUCAGCCUGUACCAUAAACCCAUGAAGGUUCAUGCUGGUACCCAUUACCCAAACUUAUUUAUUCUAUGCAUUUUGCAAGGUGCUGGUAUGCCAUAUUGAUUUAAGUUUGACGUAUAUAUCAAUAAUGUUCAGUUUAAUGACGUUUCUGUCGUUAACAGUAACAGUGUGCUGGUUUGCUUUCAGCGUGUAGUGCAUUGCAUUUUGAUGCAUGCGAUCAUAGUUACGGAUUGCUGCGCGAUCUUGUGUGUUUGUUAUAUAAUCAGUAUUUUAUGUUUCCUUGAGAAUAUAUGUUUCACAUUUAAAAAUAGAUACCAAAUAUUCUUUAGUGGACCAAAUUUAUAGGCUAGAGUAUAUAAGAUUAUUAGAAGCACUUACGAAGCUGAAUGCCUGUAGCGUUUGACCAUUACUUGCCUCUUCUACUUUUUGUUAAGAGAGGUAAAACUACCGGUACCAUGUUCUAUACCCAUGCAGCUAAUAUUUUCGUAAUGACAAAAUUACUAAGUAAUCCCGUUUUGUAUCCGAUCACAACUGAUUGACCCGAUACGGCGAUAGAUUCGCGGUAUUAUUACCGUGUGGUGCGUUAGUAACGUUGAACUCUAUGUACAUGACAUGUAACAGAUAAUUUGCAAUAAAACACAAACUGUGAUUCUCAUUUA